GAGUAUUUUACCGUAGAUUAUCAUAUCAUAUAUUCAGCAUCUUAUAAGGUUCCCGUACUUUAUUUUAACGCUUAUCAUGGAACACCUUUAACAAAUGAUGAAAUAUAUUCUUGUCUAGUAGAACCUUCAAGACUUGAAGAUAUAAAGACGGCAGGUUUUCACGGUGGAAUAUCACAACAAGACCAUCCUACACUUUUAAUUCCAUUUUAUUAUCUUCACCCAUGUGAAACUGCUACUUUAAUGAAAUCAAUUGUCAAUACAUCACAGCCUGCAACAUCAAAUUCCAAUAAUAAUAAUAAUUUAUUACGUGAAAUUUCUAUUGAAGGAUAUAUUAGAAGUUGGUUAAGUUUAGUUGGUAACGUUGUUGGAUUAAAAAUUGGAAUAAGUUAUUUUUUAUAA